GCGGUGAUUAAUAUAUUUUGAAAAGUAAAAGUUUUUAUGGUUCUUGGAAUUCAGAAUAUGAAACUUUUCUAGGGAUGUCCCGAAGUUUGAGAUGUUGUGCUUCGGUGUGUCGAGCGGCGGCCAGCACCAAGAAGAGCGUUCCUCAGUGUCGACUGACCGCACGAACGAUCGAGUCGUGAGCAUUCACCGCGGACGGCCGCAAAUGCGAUGAAUUCUAACUGUUGUUCUGUGCGCUCCCCAUCGUCGUCCUCCGCAAAGCCAAAACUGGAUACAUAGAAUUAAAGAGUAAUAUAGUGUUCACACGUAUACACGUAUUUUUAGACUGAAAAGUUAGAUUUGUUAUAGAAGAAACGGACAAUUAUGAAAAUGUGCGUGAAGUUUCGGUGGACGCUCUUGUUGUUUGCGGCAAUAGGUGGUGUUUGUGCGUUGGAAAUCCAAGCAGGUAAUCCACCGAAUGCAACCCAGAAGGAUAACAUAGAAAACGUUGCUGUUGCGUUGGAUCCAGCAAGCAAACCGGAAAUAAUGAGCAUGAUAGUGGAAGAUCAUCCGCAAUCAACGGCAGCGACAAAAUCCGGAAAAUCUUUGGAUUUGAAUGGGUUAAAACCGUCUAAAGAUCUGAGUGAUGUUAGUAUGGAUGAUGAUGAUGACGACGACGAUUUUAUACCUAAAAUAUUAGCACCUAAAAUGAUUAAUUCAACUAAAGGAGUUUGCGAAAAAGGUGGAUUGACCUACGAGGAAGGUGAAAAGUUGGAAGUCGGUUGCGAUUCAGUCUGUACAUGUGUCAAGGGUAAGAUGGAUUGCGUCGAUAGAUGUCAAAGGCCGUUCAUUAGAAGGGGUAAAAAAAUCGACGAUCCUCUGUGCAAAGAAAAAUUAGUAGAGGAAGACAGCUGUUGUUCGGUGAUGCAAUGCACUUCUGAUACACAUGAGACAGGUUGCAACCAUAAAAAUAAAUCUUAUCAAUUUGGAGAUAUCGUCAAAGAUGACUGCGAAGAGAUUUGCACUUGUCAAAAUGAUGGUCACAUGGAUUGCAAGGAACGCUGUCCACCUCUGACAACGUUGAACGAUAAAUGUCUGAAGAUCAAAGAUGAAAAUGAUGCGUGCUGUAUGAAAGUGAUUUGCGAUGUGACAUUGAACGACAACAAACUCAUAGGUGCUAAAUACAUUAACCAGUCAGCUAUAAAAUUGGAAUUCGAAGGAAACCAAACCUUGCCGUUGAUCGAAGUGAGCGAGGACAAGAAUUCAUGGAAAACGUAUACUCCAUUAUCUGGAGGUUUCUUGACGAAUAUAGAUAAUAACUUCAAGUAUGCACGCAUAGAAGAGUCGGACGACUUUGUAGAGAUUCAAGAGUACAAUAAUGAAGGGUGCGAAUUUAAAGGUGAGAUGUACAAGUUCGGCGCAGAAUUCAACGAUGGUUGCGAAUCGUUUUGCGUGUGCAAGGAGGAAGGAGUGAAAUGCUUGAAAAUGGAUUGUCCCACGUACUUUGGAACUGAUGUUCUGGAUCCGAACUGCAUCGAAUGGGAAACGGUUCCCACGAAUUUCACGCCGAUCGCGCCGAAAUGUUGUCCGGAGAAGUUGCGUUGCAAGAAUAAUGGUAGCUGCAUUUAUCAAGGAGUAACCUAUCCGAACUGGCAGCAGAUUCCAGAGAACGUUACCGGUUGCCAAAAACGCUGUUACUGCGAAAUGAACAAUGUUGAAUGCCAGAACAUCUGUCCACCGGUGACAGCACAUCCACCAUCAAAUCUCGAUUGUCUUCCGCAACAUGCGACUCUCGGUCAUAUGCCGGGCGAAGAUUGCUGCGUAUACUGGACUUGCAAGGAAGAAAGUAAAAUCAACAGCACGCAAGAGGAAAAACCUCCAUCGAAAACUGUAGGUCCUCUGGUAGUGUUGACGAACGGAAUCAAUGAAAAGCAAAACGUUACCAAAAAAGUGCUGUCCGGCCAAGAAAACAAUUACUUUGAUAAAAAGCCGACGGCCAACGGGGAAUACUUGGGGCCUUUCAAUCCCGCCUACAAGCCAACCCCUAAACCGCAAAAAGAUAUCAAAUCUAAACCGAACAAAGUGUACGUCACUCCACCGACCACUAACGCAAUCGUCCCACAAUCGAAUCCUCCAUCCGUUCUAGGAGGGGACUUGAGUCACCUGCUGAACCAACAGCCUCAGUUUGGUGGAAAUUAUCCCAUUUUCGGUAUUCAGCAUAUCCCCAUCAAUCCGAAUCCGAACAAUAAUUUGGAAAUUCCGUUUAACAAGAACCACGCGACCAUCGAACAACUUUUACAAGAAGUGCACAAGAAUAGGCCAGCACUUCCACCGCAAAUACCACCCUUUCCACCUCAUUAUCCCAUUAACAACAACGGUCACAUUUUUAUACCGCCCAAUCACCCAUUCACAAACGGACAACCAUCACAUCAAAACGCGACAGAUUUCGGAGUCUAUCAACACAACUUUGCAUCUUCAGAUGUUAAUGUGGAUAUCUUAGAAGCGUUAGACGCACACACGGUUCGUCUGGUCUUUACAGUUCCUACAGUAUUCGUUGGAUUGCGCGGAGGAGUCGAAGUUAGAUAUACAGAUUCAAACAAUCCAGAUGUUGAUACUUGGCAACUGCAGAAUUACACAUCCCCCGAUGACGUUAUACGAACGCCCCAGUUGGAAUUCGAAUUGCUGAACCUCAGGGCGGAAACCGAAUACAAGAUCAAGGUGACCUUGCAACUGGAUGGAUUGCACAACAAACCAAGCAGCCAGAUUUAUUCGAUCAAAACGCUGCAGGAGAACAAAGUGAGCACGCCGCAAAUGAUCCCCAUCGAUCCGGAACUCGCUGUUACUGCUGUAAACGCAACUUGGGUCAACUUGUCGUGGAGGAAGUUUACAGAUUACGAGUUGCAAUUAAUAGACGGUCUUCAAAUACGAUUCAAAGAAAUCGAUGGUAAAAUUUACAAUGCUACCGCCCUGAUCCAUAGGGCGAUCACUGGUUUCACCAUAGACAAUUUGAAGCCGGACACCAAGUACGAGGUCGGCCUGUUUUUCAUUCCUUUCGCUGGACAACCGAACGAACUCUACGCCGAGCACAUGGUGAAUUUCGCCACCACAACGGAAUACGAUACGUACGGAUUCAAUGUUACGUUGGAAAUAUCAUUGAUUAAACCGACGAAUAUAGAGAUCACUUGGUCGGGCGUUCCAUAUCCCGAAGAUAAAUAUGUAAAUAUCUAUAGAGCGAUCUACCAAAGUGAUUCCGGGAAAGGUGAUUCGAGCACGUUCAAAAUGGCUAAAAGAGAUUCAACGCCGAAAGUGCUGAUCACUGACCUGAAACCUGGAACCAGAUAUAGACUGUGGCUCGAGGUUUACCUAACCAAUGGUAAAAUCAAAACUAGUAACGUGCAAGACUUCAUAACCAAACCCAGAUCACCUCCAUCUCUAGGAGCGUCUUCCAAACAAGAUAAAUUAUCGGGUGAAUUGCCUGACGAAAAGUCAGAUUACUACGGUUCGUUGGUGGUCGUUGCUAUUUUAGCCUCGGUCGCGAUUUUGUCCACACUAGUGUUAUUAUUAAUCCUAUUCAAGAGGCACAGUCAAAACAAGGCGUGCAUAACGCCGCCCCCGAGAGUCAGCCAAUCCGCUUACGAUAAUCCAACGUAUAAAGUGGAAAUCCAGCAGGAAACUAUGGACUUAUGAUUCCCAGUUCGCGAAGAUUAGCGUUGUAAAUAAUUUAUGUAAUAAGAAUUGUUUAAUUUAUUUUUAAUGAACAGUAUUUUAAU